AUGGCAGUGGGAGAGUGCUGCAGAUAUCUAGGAAUCGGUCUAGUUUGCAUACCCCAAAAUCAUCAUCACACUCAAUAUUUCCUGGCUGAUAUGAAGUUAGGGAGAGAAGAACACGAAGACAGAACACGAGGACAGAACACGAGGACAGAACACGAGGACAGAACACGAGGACAGAACACGAAGACAAAACACGAAGACAGAACAAACAAUGAGACCCCCCUCGACAUGAAGAUACUACAUCCAACACCACUCUUAGGCUGGACACGGGAGUUCGACCUUCCGCCAGGACCUCUCUGCAGUACCUCAAAUCAUUAA